GCUUACUACCCACUGUGAAAGCCAAUAAUCAGCCUGUCCUCCCUGCCGAGAAAUGGACCUGACCUCUCUUCCAUAAUGAUCCUUAUAUUGAAAGCAUUUGUUAUCUGUUCGCAGAGCCCGACAGAGGCUGAACUAUGAGAGAGAGAAUAACGCGUGGAUGUUACCAUGGCUGAUCUGACAACGCUGACUGACCACGAUCACCGUGUAUACGCUGCUACUACUACUACUACUAGCAGAGUUUUAUAAUCUCACCGCGGCGUUCAUGGGAGUUGGUGGUGUGUUUACUGCUGUACAGUGAUAGUUUUUCUUUUUGUUUUGUUUUUUCUCUCUUUUCCUAUAUGUGAUAGAGAUUACAUUAUGGGAGUUAUGGAUACUUUUUCGUGUGAGUGGUGUGGUUCCACGGUGAAGGUUCGGAGGAAACCACUCUGGAUUCUACUGUUAUGGAUUGCUUUGCUGUCACCAGCCUGCCAAGCUCUUGAUCUAGAUCAGUGUCGCAAUGCGUUGGGCAUGCAGUCUGGUGCAAUUCCUGAUGAAGCCAUUUCAGCAAGCUCCUCUUAUGACCAGUCAGAAGUUGGCCCUGAAAAUGCCAGGAUUCGAACAGAGCGUAAAGGUGGAGCCUGGUGUCCCAAACAAGCCAUUCAGAAGGAUGUGUUUGAAUAUCUUCAGAUAGACCUCGACCAGCUCAUGGUCAUCACCAUGGUGGAAACUCAGGGCAGAUUCGGAAAUGGAAAGGGCCAAGAGUUUGCUAAAAAGUUUCUCUUAGAAUACCAAAGAGAAGAGGACACAAAUGUCUGGAAACGCUUCCGAGACAAGAAAGGUGUUGAGGUGUUUCCUGGCAAUGACAACACGUAUCUGGCCGAAUUGCGUCAUGUACAGCCCCCCAUCAUCGCAAAGAGACUUCGCUUCAUUCCUUACUCCAGCCAUCCACGCACGAUAUGCAUGCGAGUGGAGAUCUACGGAUGCGAGUGGGAAGAUGGCCUUGUCUCCUACUCCAUGCCCCAGGGAGGGAAACGUGGGGCGGAGGUGGACCUCUUUGACUUCACCUACGAUGGACUGUUCCAAUCGAACUACCUCAAGGACGGACUGGGCCAGCUGGCGGACGGAGAGGAAGGGGACACCAACUUCCGACUCGAUUCUCAGCGCAUCGGAAUAAAGGGCUACGAGUGGAUUGGCUGGAAGAACGACACCAACUCCCAGAAACCCAUAGAGAUCAUCUAUAAGUUCGACACAGUGCGGAACUUCUCUGCCAUGAUCCUGCACUGUAACAACCACUACAGCAAAGAGGUGCGGGUUUUCAGGAAGGCAGAGAUCUACUUCAGUGUUGGCGGGAAGUAUUACUCGCGGCCACCCAUCCAGUUUAACUUCGUGCGGGACGACUAUUUCGAGAGCGCCCGACAGGUAAUCAUCCGACUGUAUCACAACGUGGGCCAGUACAUCAAGAUGGAUCUGUACUUUGAUGCCAAGUGGAUGAUGAUCAGUGAGGUGAAGAUUGAAUCGGAGGUGGCUCAUGGCAACUUCACCCCAGAGAGUCCACCACCCACGACAUUCUCCCCAACCACCUCCGCGAGUGCCAAGAAGAACAAACAUAUGACAGCCGUGGAGAUAGACAUAUUUGGCAGAGGAUCAAACACACCCAAGAUUGAGCUUGGGGAUGCUCCUGCAUCACAGCGACCAUUCAGCGGAGACAAGAGUUACAGUGGUGACGAAGAAUACACCAUCAACCGACGGCAGAAGAAGAAAGGUGCCACGCUGAACGGUGACGAUGUACACAAGAAGAAAGAAGAGACCAAAACGGACGACGGCUUCAUCGGCAUCAUCAUCGCAGGCCUGGCUGCUCUGAUCGUCAUUCUCGUCAUCAUCAUCGUCAUCUUCGUCAUCCGUCACAAGCGGCGCAAGAACAACAAUAACCGGCGCAGUCUGAAGCCGGUGGUCGAUCACCACGCCAUCAACCUCAAUGACCUCUGCGGCACGUCGAACGGGAAGGUUUCCAAUGGCAACAUGUACAACUGCGUGGCGACAGACGAGCUGGACUCGGAGAAGGAGAUGAUGGGUGACGGGAAGCUCAGCAAGCCAGCCUACCUCGAACCCAAGGACACUAUUCAGGGUAGAGAACUCCCCGAUCUCCCCCCAAGCCCAGUGUCUGGUGGGUCACGUGACUAUGCUGUCCCUGAUGUCACAAAAUCAGCCCUUGUUGUAAACCUGCCCCCACGUCCUGCCCGUCCUCCGAUGUCACUUCCAGCAGUUCAGGUUGGCAGUGUUCUCGACAAACCUCCCAACUAUGACGCUCUGUAUGCAGCGGCUGACAUAGUUAAUGUGCACGGCGCCAACGUUCCCAGCAUGCAGGGAGUCAGUGGUAACAACGUCUACGCUGUACCCAAUGCUGACCUGCUCCUCAGCAUCGACUACUCCGUGUUGGAGUUUCCGAGAGAGAAUCUUCGUUUUGUAGAGGUGCUAGGAGAGGGACAGUUCGGAGAAGUUCACCUUUGUGAAGCGCUUCGUAUUAACGACAUUCUGGGAGAUGAGUACAUGGGAAACAGAACAAACACGAACCGUUCGAUGCUGGUCGCUGUCAAGAUGUUACGACCCAACGCUGAUGACAGAGCCAGAGCUGACUUCCACAAAGAGGUGAAGAUAAUGUCUCAGCUGAAGGACCCCAACAUCGUGCACGUUCUCGGCGUGUGUACGCGCGAGGAACCGCUGUGUAUGAUUGUCGAGUACAUGAAGUAUGGAGAUCUGAACCAGUUCAUCCUGGAACACGUCCCGGAGAGCCCCGUCGCUGAAGCCACCAACGCCAAGACUCUGAGUUAUGGCUGCUUGAUAUUUAUUGCGUCUCAAAUUGCGUCUGGAAUGAAGUAUCUGGAAUCACUGAACAUGGUACACCGAGACCUGGCUACCCGAAACUGUCUCGUCGGCACCAACUACCUGAUCAAGAUAUCCGACUUUGGCAUGAGUCGCAGUCUGUACAGCGCCGACUACUACCGAAUUGAAGGACGUGCGGUGCUGCCUAUCAGAUGGAUGGCAUGGGAAAGUAUCCUCCUGGGCAAGUUCACGACAAAGAGCGAUGUAUGGUCGUUUGCCGUAACUCUGUGGGAAGUGCUGACCUUCAACAAGGAUCAACCAUACGAUGUGCUGACCGAUGAACAGGUGAUCGAGAACGCUGGACACUACUACAGGAAUGAUAACCUGCAGGUCUACCUGCCGCAGCCCCCGAACUGUCCCAAGGAGAUCUACGACCUGAUGCGGGAGUGCUGGAACCGGCAGGAGAGCGAGCGGCCCACCUUCAGGGAAAUCCACAUGUUCCUGCAGAGGAAGAACAUGGGCUACAACCCGAAAGACGAAAAACUUAGCCAAAUAACAGUCCCAGUGUGUUGAUAUGUGAUGAUUACGAUUAAUUAAAAUGUUGAAUUUUGAAUAUUAAUUGAGGCGUGUGAGAACUACACAAGGUGGAGCUAGUCAAGAGGGAAUCACAUAUCAGUGACAUGAGACAUGUCCACAUACACGUUGCCAUAUUCAUGGUUGUGCACUUGUCAAACUCCUCAGAUUGAAGAGUUCUGAAGAAAGGGAGACAAUCUCUCUCUCCUUUCCUCUCCGUGAACCUCACAGGAGUGAGGACAACCUGCCUAUAGGGUGCUAAUACAUGGUAUGAAUUAAUUAAUUAUGUUGUAUAGUGAUACCAAAGGUCGUUCCUGUAAACAAUGUUUAAUAUGAACAGAGUAUAUAUAUAUAUAUAUAUAUAUAUAUAUAUAUACACACAAACAUAUAUAAUUAUUGAACAUUAUAUACUCUAAAAUAUUAACAGUACAGAUCCAGAGAAAUUAUUUUUGUUUUUAUGAAGGAAAAAAAAAAAAAGAAUAAUAAAAAACAAUGGUAUAAAAUUGACGGUGGUUUGUUGAUUUAAAGAAUUGUCCAGACCUGACUUUUAAAGUGAUUGGAUGAAGUUGCUGGUUGUGUUAUGUUGUGACACUGACGGUAAACCUUCCCUGUGCUGUGUAUACUCUUGUAUAUCGAACACACACACACACAAUUACACACUGUCUGAUGGUCACAUGCUCAAUCUAAAGCACAAGAGGGUCACAUGUUUGUGAAAGUUAUGUUCAAAGAUGUUGAAGUGUUUGUGAAGGUUCUCUUCACAAAAGAGAUGUUGAAGUGUUUGUGAAGGUUCUCUUCACAAGGGAGAUGUUGAAGUGUUUGUGAAGGUUCUCUUCACAAAAGAGAUGUUGAAGUGUUUGUGAAGGUUCUCUUCACAAGGGAGAUGUUGAAGUAUUUGUGAAGUUUCUCUUCACAAGGGAGAUGUUGAAGUAUUUGUGAAGGUUAUCUUCACAAGAGAGAUGUUGAAGAUUUUGUGAAAGUUCUGAUUGGAUCUCCACACUGGAGUUGAUGGAAAUGUAAAAACAAUGUGGUCAACAUGGCCAGACUGAUUCGAAGAUUUUCUGACAAUGAAAUUCCUCAUCCAUGACUUCCAUUCACAGGAUUGGUAGUAACCGCUUUCAAACAUAACUAGCUGGUGUGUGGCUGUAUAUAAUUCAAUAUACAUGAACUGUGACUCGGACCUAUGUUGUUGUUGUAUACAGGGUUAGCAGCUAGUGUAGAAAGUAAACACACCAAGCUGUAUGACUGUUUAGAAGAGCGUUCAUGUUUUUAAGUUAUUAUAUUGGAACUAUUCUUUGUGUAAUGUCUUCACUUUACAUUGUUAAAAAUUAGUCCAGUAAAUGUGACAACACUUACCAUCAUUGACAAUCUUAGUUUUUUUCUUCAGAUUUGGGACAUUUUAUUUUAUUUUGUUUUUCUGUUCAUGAGUUUGUUACUGGCUACCAGUAAUGGUCAGCCAUUUAUUGUUAUACAUGAUCAUAGAGGCCAGUUCACAACAAUAUAGAGCAUUCUUUUGGAAUUGUUAUGGUUUAAAACACAACUUAUUAUUGCAGGUUAUGCAUUUAAGGACAUAAUAUUUUAUUUUUAAACUGACAAAUCAUAAGGUACGUGUAAUUUAAGCUGUCUCUUCAAUAAUUAUACUUACUUACUUAAUCCUCUUUGUGUGUAGUCACACAUAAGGCCCAUCAAUAACUGUACAUGUAUCAUUAAAUGAAAAUACAAGAAAUUAAUACUUGAUAUCAAGGAACCCAAGAUGUUAUUUUAGCUUUAAUACCAUCAUACAGUAGACCGUACAACACACUAAAAUAAAUCUGAAUCAAAUACCAAACAUAUAUUUUUUAAUAUAAAUACUUGAUAUAUAUUAAGAUACGUUAGUUUUACUUAUCCACUAAUUUUGUCAUUUCAAUAGAAUGUCUGCUAUGUUAAAUUUUAAUAUAUCUACAAGGUACAUGUCAUUUAAGCUGUCUCUUCAAUAACUGUACAUGUAUCAUUAAAUGAAAAGACAAGAAUUUAAUGCUUGAUAUCAAGGGACCCAAGAUGUUAUUUUAGCUUUAAUACCAUCAUACAGUAGGCCGUACAACACACUAAAAUAAAUCUGCAUAAUUUUAGUUGACAUAUCCACUAAUUUUGUCAUUUCAAUACCAUGUCUGCUAUCUUAUCCCAAAAACAUAGAUAGUACAGAUUUUAAUAUAUCUAUAAGGCACAUUUGCAGCUAAAAACGUGGCCAUUUUGAAAAAACCCCCAAAAAACUACAACUUUACUUUUAGUUUAAUAUGAAAUGACAUAUUUUAAUCCACAAAGAAAUGUUUCCACUAUUUUAAUACAUAGGAAGCUGUCUAAAUAUUGCUUUAAAAACAUUGAAUUAUGUUUCGUUUUGUUUGUCUAAUUAACUAAUUAUGAAAGAAUGUACAUGUAUUUGUUUAUGAAAAAAACAAUAUUAGUCUAGUCGACUUGUAUAUGAAAGAUUAACAGUGUUCUGUCAUCUGUGGUCUUUAUAGACGUCCCAUGUCUGUAGCAAGUUGAUAAAUGAGUCGUGUUUGUGAUACCAGAUUCAUGUUACUGCAGAAACUUUAGGAUUAACUUUCUUACAAAUAUAUAUGGUGUGUGUAUGUGUGUCCAUGUACAUGUAAAUAAUAAACACAUAACAUACACGCAUGCAUGAACACGAAGACAUCGAACCGAUUGAAAGUCCUCGCUAUACACACACAGAUCAUGUACGAUCAGAAGUUUCAUCUGUCUGGCAAUGUCAAGGUCAGUUUGGCAUAAUUUACAUAAUUUACCUUAUGUCUGAGUUUCCAGUGACUGAUUGAACAUGACAUAACAUGUGUACACAAAUAUUAGCUUUAUGCUGGCUGUACAAUUAUAUAUUUUGUAUAUAUGGCUGUAUAAUUUCAUCUACGUUCUUAAAAAGUUUUUUUGUGGUUUUUGAUGAUUUUUUUUUUUCAUAAAAAAAAAUCAAAUACGUCAUGUCAGGUGAAUCACGUGAUAUCUGUAAUGUAUUAAUUCCAUUGUUUAUUAUUAAGUUCCAAAGAGUUUCAUGCUUUUAUAGAAUUUUAAACAACUGUGCUCGUAUGUAAUUUUCAUGUUAAUUAAGUCUCCCAUGUUUGUUAGUGGGAUAUAAAAACAAAAAAAUUCACUAUUCAGAACUCUGCAAAAUGAAAACUCACACUUCUUUUCUUAUGGCCAAUAGAAAUAGUGUCACCAGAUGUAGACCGUUUUUUAAUAUAACAAGAAAAUGGAUGAAAAUUGCCAAGCGAAAACUAAACGUUUUGGUUUUCAUCUUUGUAUGGUUCUGGAUAGUGAACGACGUGUAUACAAAAGUUGUAUACAUGUAGCUUGGCAAAUAGGGUAUUUCCUCUCAGUCAAGUCCUGUAUCUGGUAAUACCGAUGAUGUAUAUUUUCAUACUUUGACAUUAUAUACAUUGAACUAUUUCUGUUACUAAUUCUAUAGAAGGUCAUUAUCUUAGAUAUUAAAAACAAAUUGGUCAAAGAUAUCAAGUUAUCACCAAUAUCAAACCUGUCCAUAAGGCAGCGGUCAAAAUUGGCUGAAAUUCCUGCCCGACCAUUAAGUCUGCCAACCCGAAUUAAAACUAACUGAACCAAACAUAAUUGACUUGGACUAAUGUGUAAAUAUUUGCUGGUCUGACAAGCAAAAAACAAUAUCCCGGCCUGUGUAAUGUCCACCCAAGUUAUUUAGGUGUAUAAGAUAACCUUUAAUGAUUAUGUGGACUUAAAAUUGACAAGUGUGUUUUAAUACUCUGCAGUUGGUUCAAAGUUGAAAAUAAUACAUUAUUGAAUUUCCAUUUUUACUUGACUUGACUGGAUUAAACAUAAUAUGGUGCAUUUUAGCAUAUUUCUUGUUUAAUGCAUUCAGCAUUACAAUUUAAAUACUUGUUUGUUAUUUUUGUAUCAAAUGAUUGCUCUUAGUUCAUUGAAUAAGUAGGAUGGUUUUAUCAGGUUUUGUCUGUUUAAUCUAAAAGUGCCAAAGUAGGCUUUGUUUACCGUUUCCUGUGGUAAGUUACCAAAAAACAAGAUUCACACAAAUGGAGUUAUCCAUUGUUUUGAUCACAUUCCAGUUCGAAAUUACUGUAUUUGAUGUGAUUUUAGUAGAAUGAUACGGGGCGACCAACACUUAAUAUUUCAAGAAUGUUUAUUUCUCAGAUUACUUUGGGGAAUUUUAAACUUCAUUAAAAAAAUAUAUUAAAAAUCAAGAAUUGUUUUUAUACUGUGUUCUUUGUUUUGUGCUGGUUAUAAGAGUAUUUUAAUUUUUAAUUUCAGUUUUUGCAGUAUAAAAAACAAUUAUUUUAGAAAACCUUCUUAUUUAUGUUAUUAUUAUAAUCUUAACAAAAUGUUUAUUUAAUUUUUAAAUAUUAAAAAUGUUUAUUCUUUAAGUUUUUUCCCAUCUUUUAGUUUUCUGCUAGGUUGGUCGUCCUGCGAUAAAUUGUGUGGUUGGUUUACAAUAGGAUAAUUUUAAGACCAGUCAGUGAAAUUCUGAUUUGAGCAGUGGCUUAUUAUGCUGAUAACGCUGAUUAUGCUUACCACAAUACUGGUUAAAUUAACUAAUUGACAAUGCUACGCGAUGAAGAAUAUCGACAUAUUCUUUUUCCUCAGCAAAACGUGGUGGCAAAAACUAACUUGUUGACCAGUCAUUGAAUCAAAAAGUAUUUCAUGACUUAAGUCUAAUAUAAGCAGCUAAAAUUGCACGUAAGACUGACUAAAACUAUUAAUUUAGAAUUGUUAGUAAAGUGUUUGGUUUUCUGUUUUAAAUAUUAGUUCUAAUUAAAUUGGUAGAAAUAUAUAUAUUUUUGAAAUGAUGUUUUGUAAUUACAGUUGAUAUUUCUGUACUGUACUGAACUAGGAAUUAAUGUCUUAGUGUUAGAACAGUUUAGCGACAGUUAAACAACGUGUCAGUGCUUUAAGUACGUUAAAUGUCUCUAAAAGGCUUUGCACAUGAAUGAAUGGUUGGGAUUUAGUUCAUUCCAUAGUCAUGCAUAUACAUGUAUAUGAAUUUUCAAAAUGUAUUCAUCUGGCUAGGUUUUAUUUUACCCCUAUCAAAUUACAUGAAUAUUAAUAAUUAUGUUUCAUGAACACUAUCAAACUUGAAUGUUUUCAGCUGUACAAAACACCAAUCAUAAUAAAGCUGUUGAAAUGUGUUGUGUGUACAACAUGGUUUAUUAUUAGCUGUCUGUGAGGUAAAUAAUAAAUUCAUUGGUUGUGAUAUUUUUAAAUCUUUCAUGUUAGACUGGUUCCACAGUUAUUCUUCUACCAUUCACAGGAUGUUUAUUACCAUUCGUUUAAUUUGUACUUUUUAUUACUAAGACCCUUUUUCUUACAAAGUUUUAUUUACUGAAAUUACAUUUUAUGAUUAACUUUUGGAAAAUAUUAUUUGUACUGAUAAUAAACACAGUUCAUAUUUGUUUUAUGUUUCAAGGAAGAUACACUCAAAGCAUUGUUAUUUUGAACUUGGUGACCAUGCCAAAAAUUAAUAAUAAUAUAACCUCGUUAUCAAAGACUGAAUAAUAUGAACUAAUAAAUAAAGUAAUAAAUAUAUUUUAAAAAGGAUUUUUGUUAUAAUUCACUUUCUAAUACAUUGUUUAUAAAUGGUAAGAGAAUAUAUUCUAAUUUUAUACAAAUUGUACUAGGAUUAUGACCUGGCUUGGUCUUGGAUAGAUAUUUCUGGUUUAAGAGUUUGAUAUCAGAAAAAUCAUGCUAAAAUAUUGUUUGUUAUUACUUAGCUUAGUGGUAAAUCACAUCAGCAAUUUGUAACCUUAAUUGGAUGAGACCGGAAAGAAUUGUUACACCAAAACAACACCCCCACUUUUUGAUAUGACAACAUUAAAUGUAGACAGAAAAAUUAUAACAUUCUGCUUGAUGGUAGAAGAACAGCUUUGGAACAAGUCCCUGGUCCUUCAUCUAGUUUGAUAAUCUCAACAAUGAGCAUGCUCAGCCAUAUAUUUUUGUAUAUGGAUAGUUACAAACUGUACAAAUGAACCGUUAAAAUUCUUCUUUUUAAAAACAACUGUUCUUUCAGGAAGUCUGUAAAUAAUGUUUAACAAUGUCUUGUGUUUCGGUGUGUAUUGACUUUUGUACAUGUGCACUUGUGUAAAAUAAGAAAAAAUAAAUACCCCACACACAAUUAUUUUCAUGUCUGUAGCUGUCGACAAGUUAGUCAUGAAUUAGUCUUUUUACAUUAUAUUUUCAUCUACAGCUUUAAAAUAUGAAUGUUUUCAUCAUAAGAUGGGUUUGUCCAGUCUCCCCAACCCACCACCCAUUAGCAACAAGGUCAUUAACAGUAUAGUUUGGUCACAUCAAGAAUUCAAAAGACACUUGAGAUUUAUUUUAAAAUCUGCAAAACCAGGUGAUUUUGAUGAGAAAACUCCUUACAAACAUUGAUGGAUGUUCCAAACUCUUUAACCACAGCUUUGUUAUUUUCUAUUUUAUAAGAUAGGUUUUAUUUUGUGUUCCACAAAUUUUUAAAAUGACCACAUUACGUUGUGUUCUUUUUAAACAUGUUUUUUUAGGUUCAAAAUGUAAAAAAUGCUUUUCCACAUACACAUUCUAUUGUGUGGGUUACAAGAAAUAAUUACACUUGUGUAGACAACACAAAUAUCAGACAUCUGUUGUAAAUGCAGUCGUAAUUAUUAGUAAUAAAGUUGAAGUCAGGUGACACAUAAAGGUGAUGGGUACUAGUAUAUGUAGUUUGUAAAUCUGUGGAGAACGGUCAAGUAGAAUAAAUAUUAGACUAGUGUUUAUUUUUGCUAAACUAAAUGAUCCCGUCAUAGUCCAGUGGCCACCGUCACUUUCAGUCAUUUUUACCACUUCUAAGCCCUAACCACUCAUUUGGUUAUGUUGUUCAUUGAAUGUUAUUGUAAUAAUCAGCCAAAAAUGUUUAAGUUGUAAUAAACUGCGCAUACACAAAUAUAUUUAAAAUGUUAUUUCUUGAAUUGUGAUAUUUAGUUAUCGGUAAUGAAACCUAUAAGCUGAUGAUUAAUUGAUCAGUGUGCUCUAGUGGUGUCAUUGAACAAAAUAAACUUUAACUUUAAAACCUAUAAGUAUGUCGAAUUGAAGCAUCCAUUUUUGGUCUCAUUUGACUUAAUGAUGGUUACUAUAAAAUAAAGACAAAAAAAUUAUCUACUCUUGAAAUGUAAAGUAUAUAUUUCAAGGCUUGCUCGACAUAAUUUCCAAGAUAUUUGAUUAAAAUAGGCAUCAUUAAUUUUAAGUUUUUAUAAAAUGACAUGGCCUGGUGCUAAAUGGGGUUAUUUAUUAAUAUGUAUAAAGUCCCUUGGUUAUGCUUUAACACCAUUUAAAAAUUAGUGAACAUUGUGUAAUUCUUUCUGGGAAUAUUUGUGCACAUAACCACAACGACUAUAGAUGAACCAUUGAAACUAAUGCUCAUGAUUCCCAAAUCUUGUAAUAUUAGUUUUAUGUACAGAUCAGUUGUAGUGACCUGCUGUUAGAUAGACAGUUAAAAGAAAACAUGACACAUGUUAACUUGGUUGUAUUUUUUGCACUUUGUUACUGUCCCAUCACUUACUGUGUGUCCCCGUUACAAUAGAUUCCUAUAUUCAUGUUGAGUAUUGGUCAAACGUUCUGCAUAUGGAGUACAGACACGAGUUGUACUUGUGAAAAGAUGUUUGUUAUGAUUGGUUAAAUAGUUUUUGUCAUUAAAGAGGAUUGGACACCAGGUUCUGAUGUCAAAAUAAUAGGCUCUGUUAAAAUAUUUUCACAAUCAAGAGGUGUGUUCGUUACAUAGCUUUUGUUUGUAAAUGCCAGUUAUUGCUUCGACUGGUUCACACUUCAUCUUCAUUUAACAUAGAGUCAAAACCAGUCUAGUGACUCGUAUUGAGUGUUUCAUAAUACACAGAGCUCUCCCUGUUCAUUGUCAAAUUGGACAAUUGCUAAUUUUCAUACAAAGAGACUACAAGAUUGAGCAUUUGGCUCAUAAAAUUUUCUUUAAAUUAAACACUUUUGUGAAAAGUGGCUAAACCAAAAUUAUUUCCAGUGUGAACCUGCCAGUGAGCUUGCACCAAUUAAACAUAGAGCAGAGUUUUAAGGUGAUGACUUUUGUAAGAGACAUGGUCGAAAUUACCAAAUAUUUGACAUUCAUUUGAUUAAUAAAUCAAUCUGCUCUAGUGGUGUUGUUAAAAAAAACCCACAUUUUUAUAACAGACUUUGUAUACAUUUUAAAAAACCAAGCAAAUUUAGUUUUUGCAUCCACUUAUAAAAGUAAUAAAAACCAUUAAUAAAUAUUUUUUCUUUACUAAAUAGAUUUAAAAAGGCAACUUGUUUUCUUUUUUCUGGACUGUAAUGACAGUUGAUUAACAGAGCCCAUGAAUUUGAUGUCCAAAACACAUGACUGAUUCCCGUUAAUUUGAACUGGUUUCAGUUUUCGGAUCCGUUUCUUUUUAUUUUUUAAUUAUGUUGAAUCUCAAUAAUCAGUAUUAGUUGAAAUAUUUGUUGUCUGUGUUUCAUUUCCCCAAUGUUGCAUCACAAACAGUUCUGUUACUAUGGUUACACAUGAUAUCCAUAUUGUUAAGCUUAAUUUAUUAGCAUUUUAAAGUUUUCAUUUCGAAAGCUAUUUAUCCAGUCAGUUUUAGUUAGUAUAUAAGCUGAGACAUGAAGUGUGAUUUUUCAGAUUUCGUUUUCUGUAAGCUCUUACUCUGCAUGUCUAACUUUAUUUUUUAGCUGCUUUUCUUUUAUAAACAUUCGAGUUGAAAUGAACCACGCUUUAUAAAAACUGGUGCAAAAGAUGUAAUUUUUUUUGUAUGUUUAUUUGCUGAAAUGUAAGAACAAAGGCGCUUUGUUCAUUACAUGUAAAUAAAAGCGCAUCGUCUAUUAAAGUGA